CGGCCCCGCCCGGAAGCGCUCCGCCGCGUGAUUGCGCAGCGCGGCGUCCUGCCCGGCGCGGCGCAGCCCGGCCGACACCGGCCCCGGCGAGGCAGCCGCCGCCGCAGGGUGGCCGCCCCAAGAUGAAGCCAGCUGGGACGCUGCGGCGGGUCUCCGACUUCAGCGACUUCAGCCGAGGCCACUGGCUGCAGGAGCUGCUGUGCCAGGCAGGACAGCCCAGCCACGUCCACUCCAGCCCCGACGGGCAGCACCUUUUGGUCCUGCAGAAGAGCCGUCCACCUCCCCUGCACCGGCUGGUGGCCUUCCAGCGCCACGGCAUCGGUGGAGCCGACCUGGAGAGGAACUGGGAGCCGCCUCAGCCAGCACUUGUGGGACUGCUCUUCCUGCAGAGCCCUGUGACAUCGGGCUCCUGGGUACUGGCCAUCGUGUGGGAACACGGCCGGACUGAGGUCUGGCACUUUGCGGUGGCCGUGGGCUGGCAGCUGCUGCAGACGCUGGAGCUCUGCCAGGGUGCUCGGGCACGGAUCGUGUCUGUGUGCAGCCAGGGAGCCAGCCUGGUGUGGUGUGAGGAGAGGCCUCCCCUGGAUGCCCACUCGGACAUGAGCAAGUGUGCCUUCAGGUUCUGUGUCUGCUCCCGGGCUCUGGAGGUGGGGGAGCAAGGUGUGCAGCUGGGCACUGUAAGGAUAGUCUUGCACAACAGCCCUGAGUACCAGGUCCUGGCCUCCCCACAGCAUGUCUUCCUAGUGCCUGCUGCUGCCAGCUUUGCCACCACUUCCAAAUUCCUCCUCAUCUGGCAUCCCGAGAAGGCAAAGCUCACCAUCGCAGCCCCCUCUGCAGGCUUCGUGCACAGCAAGGUGCUGCGCUCCAGCAGUGAGUCAGACUUCAGGAAGCUCCUGCUUGGCUCUGUGGGUCUUCUCUCAGGUUUGGCACCUCUGGACAUUCACACCUCAGCCAUGUCCAGCAGUGGGGGUCUGCUGCUGGUGAGCACAAAGGGUGCUGUGAGCAUGGUGGAGCCAGAUGGGACACAGAGGCAUAUCUUUGACCUAGAAGAGGCGGCUUUGGCCCGAGGAAGUCCUGUCCAGCUGAAGACCUUCGGCAGCAUCCUGGCCUGUGUGCUGGCUGGGGUCCUGUACCUUGUCAACCUGAACAGUGGAAGGCUCAUAGAAAAGAAAAUCCUGAGCAUGAAAGAGAUGCAUUUCCUGGAGUCCCCCAGAGAGGAGGACAGCAUCCAGCUCAUCACACAAACUGGCAUCUACAGCUUUAGCUUCUCCAAACCUGAGGACAGCAGCAGACCUGAGCCAUGCCUGGUGGACAUGGUGUUUGAGGAGGCCUGCAGAUACUACCAGAGGAGAAGCCUCAGCAGCUCCAAGCUGACAGUGGAGAAGCUGAAGAAAGGUGGUGUGUUCCAGGCUCCUGUGGCCCUCGCUGCCAUUCUGCAGCACAGUCUCUGCCAGAAGCAGAAGCCAGCCCAAGGCCUUCAAGACACUUAUGCCAAGCUGUUAAGCACAAUGAGCCUGGAGCUGCAGAGCUACGUGAGCCUGGAGGUUCUCAAGACCUGUGUGGUGUGUGCCCCAGAGAGUGAGGUGGAAAGCUACUGCGAGGAACUGGUGGAGCAGGAGGUCAGCCGCGUUCUGCACUCUGACAUGGACAAGGACAGCUUGGCCUACCUGAAUUCUAUCUUUGCCUCCUUCCCCAAGGCUGCCUGGAAGGCCACGAGAAGCUGCCUCCAGCUGCAGCAGAAUGGGGAUGGCCUCUUGGUAGCCAGGGCCACCCCAGAGGUGUGGAAGAAGGUCCUGGGAGGGCUGCAGCAGGAUGAGAUGGGUCAGAAUGGAGUGGUCCCUCUCUUUGAGCUCAUUUGUGCCUCCUUCCUGAGGUUUAAACCCAAGUGGCUGCCCAGUUUCGUGGAGCUGACCCAGCAGUAUGUUAGCAUCUCUUGGGCAUACAGCAGCAAAGAGGGCCCAGAGGGCCGGGUGCCGCUGUACAAGAGAGCACUGGGAGUACUGGCCAGGAAGAACAAGCACAGCGAGGCAGAUGAUGAGAUGGAACUUGAGCUGCUGCUCUGCAGCAAGAGGCCUAAGGCCGUGCUGCAAGCUCUGCACCUUCUCAUCCGCCUGAAACGCUGGCAGCGGGUGGUGGAGGUGGCGGAGAAGUUCUCCAAGCUCAGCCCCUUGCUUAACAAGGAGAUCUUCACCAUGCUGCUGGCAGAGUUUGCUCAGCACCGGGAACUGGACCCUUACCUGGCCGUGCUGUGGCCGCUGUGCCCCGCUGAGCUGACCGCCUCUGACAUCCUCACCAUGGUCCUGCAGCACCUGCCUCGCUCCCAGGAGGACCCAGUGCCCUUCUCCAGUGAGGCCAGCCAGCUGACUGUAGGCUUGCUCAAGCCGCUGCUGCAAAGGGUGGUGCAGCGGCCCUGCGUCCAGGACGAGAUGUACUCGGAUGCCUUACAGAGCCCCACUUUCCCCCCUCCCACCCCUCCCCGAGAGCACAGGAUCCCCUCAAAAGCAGCAGCUGACGAUCCCCCUCAGCCCCUCACGGCAAGGACUUCCUCCCCCUCCACAGUGGUUCAGGUUGACACGGCCUGAAUGGGGAAAAACAACAGGAUCCCAAGCCUUGGGAGCACAGGGAGGGAAAAGCUGUGUACACUCCCCAAAGCCUGCUCCCUGCUGAAGCCUUCCUGGGGCAGCCCCUGGAGAAGCUGAUGGGGUGGGCUGGGGGUCUGGGCUGAUGCCAGGGCAGGCUUUCUGGCUGUUGCUGACAAGUGCAAUUGUGUGUGCCCCAGUGGAGGUCCAGACGCAGGGUGUGUUUGCAGAUGGAAGGCGCUGGCUGCACUACAGGACUAUAGACCUGCUCUUUGCCUUAAGCACUUUGGUUUUGGUUUGUUUGGCUCCUCUAUAACUUCCCUUCUGCUUCCCCGAGCCCCCAGCAGUGGUGGAGCGGUGGGCAGGGACACACACACAGGCUUUCCCCCGGCUCUGUGCUCAGGGGGCUGGGUGGUGCCUCCACGCUGUGCCUGUGAGGAGCUGGGCAUGUUUCUUGCAGUGGGGCCAGCGAGUGCUGUGCCAUGCCCCCUGCCAGGCGCCAGUGUGGCACAGCUCCGUGGCACCGGGGUCCCCGCACACGCGCCGGCAGCUGCAGCGCCGCACCCUGUCUUGCUGUGAUUCCCCUGGGACCGGGCCUGUAGCUGUGACUGAUUGCAGCUCCAUAGCUGAAGAGAGCAGUCAGGUUCCCUUAUCUCUGUAUCCCACUCUGUUCUGAGCUGAGAAGCUGGCAGCUGCCUGUGUGAGCCUGGGGCUGGCCCUGCUUCUCCCUUGCCUUUGUGGAAGCUUAGAUUAUGCUUCAGGACACUCAGGCCCUCUGUUCCCAUCUCCUCUACCUUUGCCCUUUGCACACAAAGGGGCUUUGUCAGGGUUGUCUGGCUCAUAUUGUGCCUCUGUUUGCAAAGUCAGUGUAACUUGAGAGCAGUCAUGCAGGAAGAUCCAGGUUCCAGCCUCUCUCCAGUGCUCCCCGCAUGUCCCUCUCUUCCGAGAGAGACCUGGGCUGGGGCUUUGCCUUCAGGGCUGUGGUGUGAAGGAGCUGUCUCUUGCUUUGCUGGGCUGGGACAGGGGAGAUUCACCUGACUUAGGCCUCUUGAGACUGAAGUGUGGAAGACAGACUCCUUUUAAAAAUAAAGGUUCCUAAAGCA